AUGAUCCGGCGUCACAAAACCACCAUGUUCACAGACGCCAAGGAGUCGAGCACUGUGUUCCAACGGAAGCGCAUCGUCGAGGGCAUCCUCAAGCGGCCGCCAGACGAGCAGCGGCUGUGCAAGGACGACCAGCUUCUGGAUGACGGCGAGACCCUGGGCGGAUGUGGCUUCACCAGCCAGACAGCUCGGCCACAGGCUCCAGCCACAGUGGGACUGGCCUUCGGCGCAGAUGGCGCUUUCGAAGCUCUGCGCAUCGAGCCCUUCUCCAGCCUCCCGGAGCUGCUUGAGUCAUGA